AUGAAUCUCGUUACGGCAUCCCGUGACGAGAAAGAACCGUUUGCCGUCGUGCUCAUCGCCUCGACCACCCCAGCGGCCUCAGCGAGCCUGCACGAUACCCUAGCGGCCGGUCAAGCCGUCAGGAGUUGUGCGGCAGUCCACUUCGAAGGCCCGGCCCCCGUCUUUGGCGACAUCCGGACCGUCCCGGCAGCCGUGCCGCCGCCCUUGCCGAAUGCCGGGGGCGUGCGAGGAGGCCGCCCCUCUUAUGCGGCCAAGCAGGGUGCCGCCGACUUUGCGAUCGACUACGGACUCGCCUUCAGCUUGCGGCCUACAGGGGCCUUUGCUCGAGGCGGAUUCGGCUCGACGUGCAUCGGGCGCACCUGUGGCGGAAAAGGGGCGGUCUACGCUCGAGGGAGCGAACCCUUCAUCUGGGAGCGGAAGCGAAACCGGGGUGGGGCACUGAUUUGCCGAGGUGGAGGGGGGCACCUCCUGUGUUUGCGGUGCGUGGAGGCUCAGUACGAAGAGGGGAGCCCAUUUCUUUCGAGCGCGACCGGGGGCCCUGUCCCUCAGGAAGAGCUCUUCACCAAGUACGAAGUGUUCCCCAAGACGAAAGAGCUUCAUGAGGUAGUACGGUUAGGGGAGGUGGGAAGCGAGGGCGGCUACCAGUUCUUCGUCCAGAGGAGGGACCUUGCCGCCUGCCCAUACUGCCGCGAAUCUAAGACGGCUGCUCCGGCAAGGCACGGUGUUAAGAGGGCGCUCGAGGAGGGGCCGAGCCCACGGGAGCUCGGCACAGUGACCGUUUUGUCGGAGUUGAGGCGAAGCAAGAUCCCUCCGAUUGCGGUUGCCCCCGGCCUUUUCCUUUUGCCCCUGCUCGACGUCCCAAGUGGGCGCCUCCUGGACAUUGCUGCCACGGAUCGGGGGCUCAGUAACGUCCCCCGACUUGUGAAGGUCGACCACAUGGGCAGCUUCCGGUGCCUGUGCGGUCAAAAGGCGUGCCGGGACCACGAGGUGGGGUUCCUGGAGGCGACCCGUUCCGUGAGCGGCUGGUGGCAGGGCGGGGAGGCCAUCUUCACGGCCUUUGACGAGAGCCGUCCCUUCGUGCGGGAAGUCACAAGCGGCGUGCCUUGGGUGUUGCCGCUAGAACAAGGGGGGUGCGUGGGGGGUGCUCUCUUUGGGCUAGACGCGGAGGCUUGGAAAGGGGGGCCGCAACUUCGAGCGAUCGUCGUGAACAACCCUGGAGAGGAGCCCGUGGUUUGCGUGCUCUGGGGAGAGAAUGCGCAUUGCAGCGGCGUCGACUGCACGGGUUCAGAGCGGUGCCGGCACCUCUUGAGGGUGCUCUCGAAGCAAUCCGUGCCCUUGAUUGAGCGCGCAGCUGAUGGAGGAGGGAGCGAGGCUACGCGGACCCUUGCUGAGAGGCGGGCAGAAAGGGUUGAGCAGCGAGAAGCGGGGACAAGGAGGCUUUUGGUCUGUAACAACCCCGCGUGCCGGCGGCCGGACUCAAAAGCUGCGUGCACCCACCGAGAGGCCCUCGAGCAUUGGCAGUGCCUUCCGGCUGCGGCGCUGGACAUGGGCCACAGCCACAAAAGAUUGACACG